CUUAUGCUCGGCAAAGAAGUUACUUGUCCGUUCUCCUAAUUCUUCCCCCGAAACAGGAAGCACGCGUGUUUGGGUCCAUGUGAUGUGUGGUCAUUUGUGUGUUCAGGGAUUGAAGAUAUUGGGACUUUCCUGUGACAUGGUGGUCUGUAUACAGUGAUUGGGCUCACACUUCUUCCCUUCUCACUCUGUACAUCAGCUGGGGGCCACCGAGUGACCACUGAGCAGGUGUUGCAGCAUGCUUCUGAUAGAAGAGAAAUAUCGGACAGUUGCUGAAAUCUUGUUCUCCUCGGGGACCUGUCCAAGAUGUGUCCUUCGAUUAUGCUGUGUGGGCUUCCCAACUCCUUACCGUCUUCCAUACAAGGAUCUGAUGGAAGAGCUGCGGAAGUUCUUGACUCCCGGAGAUGAAGGUGAAGCUGACGGUGACAAGGCUCCACCAAAUAAGAAAGCUAGACUAGAUGACUCUGAUGGGUGUCCUGCUGAAGAAGCGCAGAGCGCAGAGACCUCUGGGGCUCCGAAAACCUGUAAUUUGUGUUUGGGGAUUCUGCAACACCUCAGUGAUGCCGAGUUUGUCAAGAAGACCUUUCAUAAAGUCCAGUCUGCGGGAUAUGAGUUCAAAGACUUUGUUUUCUCAGUGUCUUUGCCAGCACAGCUCUUGGUGAGAGAGCAUUGUGCGUGGCUGCAAGCACAACAGGAAAUGAGGAAGUAUGACCGUGUCUUGGACAAAGGGGACAUAAUCCAGCUAAAGGAGGCUUAUAAGUGGAUAAUCCACCCCUUGAUUUCGGAUGAACUGGGGGUUCAAGCUGUGGGCAAGAGUGCCUUUGAAGUCGGGGUGGUGUUUUGUCACCAAGAAACUGACGAGGACUGCAACUUCCUAGCCACCGUGUGCAAGGACUGUUUCAAGCCUGCUAAGAAUAAACACUCUAUCUUUACCAGAAUGGCCGUUGUGAAAGCUCUAGAGAAGAUAAAAGAAAAUGAUUUCUCGAGGCAUUUACCAUGGCCACCAUCUUCUCCAAAGACAACCUGUGAAGUUGUGGACAUGCAGUGUAAUCAUGCUUCAGUUUUUGUGGCAGGAAGAUACAAUAAGUUCUCCCGGAAUUUACCACAGACCCCUUGGGUUAUUGAUGGAGAGAGGAAGAUGGAGUCUUCAGUAGAGGAGCUGAUAACAGACCGGCUUAUGGAAGUUUUUAAAGCUGACAGCUUCAAUUUUUCAUCUUCUGGAAGGGAAGAUGUGGACGUCAGGACCCUUGGUCGAGGAAGACCCUUUGCAGUUGAAAUUUUAAAUCCUCAUAAAGUCCAGUUUAACAAACAAGACAUGAAGGAUCUUCAGGAGAAAAUAAAUAAUUCCGACAAAAUCAAAGUCCGAGACUUGCAGAUAGUCACCAGGGAGGCAGUUGCUCAUAUGAAGGAAGGGGAGGAAGAGAAGACAAAAUGCUACAGCGCUCUUAUAUGGACAGAAAAAAACAUCAAAAAAGAAGAUCUUGACCUCCUAGAUAAUGUUAAGGAGUUGAAGCUUGUACAGAAGACUCCUCUUCGUGUUCUUCACCGGCGGCCAUUGGCUUCAAGAAUACGAUUGGUUCAUACCAUGAAUACGGAAUAUGUUGAUGAGCACCAUUUUCGGCUAUAUUUAAAGACACAGGCAGGAACCUAUAUAAAGGAAUUCGUACAUAGUGACUUUGGGAGAACAGUUCCAAAUAUCGGGUCACUAAUGAAGACUACUGCUGAUAUCUCGGAGCUGGAUGUGGAGUCUGUGGACGUGGACUGGCCUCCUGCUUUGGAUGACUGAAUACUCUGUUCAAUGGAUGAUUGCCCUGAAGACCAAUCUUGCCGACCGGCAGGACACUGCAGUAUUAUUUGGAUCAUGUUGAUCUGUUUUUAUUCUCACAAUUACUAGUAUUCAAAUUAUUUUAUGUUCUUAGCCUGUGAUAAUCAUGAACAAGGAAAUAAAGAAUGUUACUGCAGUGGAAAA